CGGGAGCGGGUGCGUUGCCAUGGGGACGAGCUAGGCCGCUGGAGCGGGCUGCGCGGGCCGAGUGGACCCUACUUUUCGACUUGGUCCCCGCGUGAUCGCGGGGCGGGUAACCGGUUUUCCGUGGGCACAGCCUAGCGGAAAGAUGCGGCCUGUCUGGCUCACCGGCCGCUGACCCACCGGCCCGAUGACCACACUCCCAGGGGGCCCCCCGCUCCGGUUCCCGCAGCCCUCGGUCAGCGGCCUCUCGCAGAUCACCCGCAGCCUGUAUAUCAGCAACGGGGCGGCCGCCAACGACAAGCAACUGCUUUCCCGGAGCGGCAUCACCUCGGUCGUCAACGUCUCGACGGAGGUGGCGAGCGCCCUGUACGAGGACGUCCAGUACGUGCAGGUGCCUGUGGCUGACACGCCCACGGCGCCCCUCUGCGACUUCUUCGACCCCGUCGCCGACCACAUCCACGCCGUGGAGGCCAGGCAGGGCCGCACGCUGCUGCACUGCGUCGCCGGCGUGAGCCGCUCGGCCGCCCUGUGCCUGGCCUACCUCAUGAAGUACCACGCCAUGUCCCUGCGGGACGCCCACGCCUGGGCCCGGUCCUGCCGGCCCAUCAUCCGGCCCAACAGCGGCUUCUGGGAGCAGCUCAUCCGCUACGAGUUGCAGCUGUUCGGCGAGAACACCGUGCGCAUGGUCAGCUCCCCGCUGGGGAGCAUCCCCGACGUCUACGAGGAGGAGGCCCGUUUAAUGAUUCCACUGUGAGCCCUGCCUCCGGCCCCGCCCCCUACCGAGUGAGGGCCGUGCAGAUCUGCCCUCCAUCCCGCGCUGAGAUCUGAACUCACACACAGGCGAUGUGCUGCAGAAAAACACAGGCGCUGCCUUUUUCCGGAGCAAUAAAAAAGGAAGCGUGCCGGAGCUCUCUGCUUGUGAUCCGCCUCUUUAAAGAUGAAACUAAGUGUGAAAUGGUGCAGAUCAGGAGUGACAGGUCACGGCUACCGGCCAGAGGGGAGAGUGAGGAAGGCAGGUGGUGCUGGGUCAAAUGGGCCGGCGCCCAAAGCGAGGCUGGAAUCAGCUGGGCCAGGCCGGAGUGCCGCCGGUGUCCACCUCGUUCUUUCAAACCCAAGGGCCUUAAGCGUCAUGGCGCCGCCUCGCUGACCCUGCUGGCGAAGGGACCGGCCAUGUGCUCUGGGAACCCCAGGGACUCCGGGCCAGCGCCCCUCCCACCUUCAACCACAGGCCCUGCUCCGGUGUUCUGGGUUUGAUUGAUGCGUGUGAUAAUUUUCAAAGAGCGUUCCACCAUAUAACAUGUUUUUUAAACUUUUUCUUUCAAUGCCGUUGUACACGAGGUCUGAAAGCGCCCUGGCGCCCCCCACCAGCCUUCGCCGGAAGCGGCAUUCGUUUCUCUAGGGCCCGGCGGGAGCAGGCUGCCAGCCGCCCGGCUCCUCUCCCAGGCCUGGCCCAGAGGCUGGAGCCGCAGACCCACACCCCGCCCGCAGCCGCGGCGCCACGUCCUUUUUUCUCUUCAUCUUGGUCACUGGGCCCAGAGCAGAUCCCUUCGCAGAAUGCAUGCGGCAGAGUAAGGCGAGGAGGGCCCUGGGUUCUAGCUGGAAGCCUAGAGAAUGAAUGAAG